AAAAAAACUGGGAAGAGAACCACAGAAGAACAGAUCGAACGGGCGAAAAAAAAAACAUACUAAAAAGAAAAAGCUUCGAGCUUUUCUUUCUUCUUUCUCUGCAAAAUUCUACCCAGAAAUCGAAGACCAAAGAGGAGAAAUUGGGGAAUCGAGUCGUCGAAUUCGAGGUUUUUCUUCCCCCCUUUUGGCGCUGUUUUCUCACCACAAAUUGCGGGUUCAAGGCACAAGUGAGGCUUAUACCGAGAUCUUCUGGUUUUGGAGCAAGUAGAAGGGUGAGAAAAUGGAAACUGCCAGAUCUUGGCUGAAUAAAUUAAAGUCUAAAGACAAGGUGAAAUCCUCGAAAAAGAAAGAAACGGCGAGUAAUGUAAAGGAGGGCUCGAAAGCAGCUGGUGAAGAAGCACUGUCAAGCGUAACUAAGCAGAAGGCUGCAGCUGCUAAACAGUAUAUCGAGAAUCAUUAUAAAAAACAAAUGCAGAGUCUGCAGGAAAGAAAGGAGCGGCGGAAUAUGCUAGAAAAGAAAUUAGCUGCUGCUGAUGUCUCUGAGGAGGAGCAGAACAACUUACGGAAGGAUUUGGAGAAGAAGGAAACGGAGUAUAUGCGUCGUCAAAGGCAUAAAAUGGGAGCUGAUGACUUUGAACCGUUGACAAUGAUUGGGAAAGGCGCAUUUGGAGAGGUUAGGAUCUGCAGGGAGAAGGCAACUAGCCAUGUAUAUGCAAUGAAGAAGCUGAAGAAAUCUGAGAUGCUCCGCAGAGGCCAGGUGGAACAUGUGAAAGCAGAGAGAAAUUUGCUUGCGGAGGUCGACAGUAAUUGCAUUGUCAAACUGUAUUGUUCUUUCCAAGACGAAGAAUACUUGUAUUUAAUCAUGGAGUAUCUCCCUGGUGGGGAUAUGAUGACAUUGCUAAUGAGGAAAGAUACACUUACUGAGGACGAGGCCAGGUUUUAUGUUGGAGAGACUGUCCUGGCUAUCGAGUCCAUUCAUAAGCACAACUAUAUCCACAGAGAUAUCAAGCCUGAUAAUCUGCUACUUGACAGAAAUGGACACAUGAAAUUGUCAGAUUUCGGAUUAUGUAAACCGUUAGACUGUAGUAAUCUCCAGGAAAAAGAUUUUUCGGUCACACACAAUCUUAGUGGGGCUCUCCAAAGCGAUGGUCGGCCUGCAGCACCAAGACGCACACAACAGGAACAGCUUCAGAAUUGGCAGAGAAAUAGAAGGAUGCUUGCUUACUCUACUGUUGGAACUCCUGAUUAUAUCGCCCCAGAAGUUUUGCUGAAGAAAGGAUAUGGCAUGGAAUGUGAUUGGUGGUCUCUCGGUGCCAUUAUGUAUGAAAUGCUUGUGGGCUAUCCUCCGUUUUAUUCAGAUGAUCCAAUGACAACGUGUCGGAAGAUAGUAAAUUGGAGAAACUAUUUGAAAUUCCCGGAGGAGGCUAGACUAUCACCGGAGGCCAAGGAUCUUAUCAGCAGACUUCUAUGCAAUGUUGAACAAAGGCUUGGAACAAAAGGAGCAGAUGAAAUUAAGACUCACCCGUGGUUCAGAGGCGUCGAAUGGGACAAACUGUAUCAAAUGAAAGCUGCCUUUAUUCCUCAAGUCAAUGAUGAGUUGGACACCCAGAAUUUUGAAAAAUUCGAAGAGACUGACAACCAAGUUCCGAAAUCAACAAAGUCAGGUCCAUGGAGAAAGAUGCUCUCAUCCAAAGACAUAAACUUUGUGGGUUAUACUUACAAGAAUGUUGAAAUCGUAAACGAUGACCAGUUACCAGGGAUCGCUGAGUUGAAGAAGAAGAGCACGAAGCCAAAGCGGCCUUCAAUCAAAUCCCUCUUUGAGGACGAAAAAGCCACCGCAACCAACCACCAUGGGAGCUUCAUGAACCUCUUGCCACCGCAGAUAGAAGAGGCAGAGAAAGAGGGUAAGUCCGGGUCAUCCGGCUGAACCCCUUCCUCUUCUUCUUCUUCGUGACCCGUUUUUUCUUUUUAACGAUUUGCACAGCCUAAACCCGACUUCGAAUUCUUCUUAUCUGUUUGUUUCGGUGAACGUCUUGUGUUCUCCACCAAAAAAAAAAAAAAACGAAUUCGACUGUUUGAAAGUAGAGAGUUUCAUCUUCAAAGGGGCAAAGGCCUCUCUGGUUUGAUUCUGUGGAUAGAGGAAGGAGGGUUUCUUUUUCAAGGGUUGUAACAUUUCACAUAGGAUGUUUGAUUCUUGUUUCUCUUGUUCAAAGGUUUAGUUGGAAAACAAACAAACAAAAAAAAGAGUAAAUAUUCCUUUUUUUA